UUAAUCACACAUCAACAACACCAUAUAGCACCACAAACGAAUAAGAAGACCUACUAUUGCGACAUAUGUAGUCAGCAAUUUACGUCUAAAUUUACUUUAAUCCGACAUAUCAGAACACAUAAACUGCUGGCACCUUAUCCAUGCGGAGUUUGUAAAGAAUCAUGUGCAAAUAUAUUAAUAUUGGAUAAGCAUUUAAGAUUUCACUCUGCAGAGAGACCGCACGUGUGUGACGUAUGCAACAAGCGAUUCGCAACAAGAACCACUUUAAAUCAACAUAGAAAAAUUCACACUCUAGGGAAACUAUAUAAAUGUAAAGAAUGUAACAAGCAAUUUACAAGAAAAGAUAAUUUAGAGACCCACAAAAGACUCCAUAGUGACGUGAAACCAUACAAAUGUAAAGAAUGUAACAAGCAAUUUACACUAAAAGCUCAUUUAAAGAUCCACGAAAGAGUCCAUACUGGAGAGAAACCAUACAAAUGCAAGGAAUGUAACAAGCAAUUUACACAAAAAUGCCAUUUACAGACCCACGAAAGAGUCCAUAGUGGCGUGAAACCAUACAAAUGUAAAGAAUGUAACAAGGAAUUCACGGCUAAACAUUCUUUAGUUUUCCAUGAAAGAAUCCAUAGUGGAAUAAAACCAUACAAAUGUAAAGAAUGUAACAAGCGAUACACAUUAAGAGCUUCUUUAGUUUACCAUGAAAAAACCCAUAGUGGCGUGAAACCAUACAAAUGUAAAGAAUGUAACAAGCAAUUUACACUAAAAGCUCAUUUAAAGAUCCACGAAAGAGUCCAUACUGGAGAGAAACCAUACAAAUGCAAAGAAUGUAACAAGCAAUUUACACAAAAAUGCCAUUUACAGACCCACGAAAGAGUCCAUAGUGGCGUGAAACCAUACAAAUGUAAAGCAUGUGACAAGGAAUUCACUCAAAAACAUCAUUUAGCUAUCCAUGAAAGAAUCCAUAGUGGAAUAAAACCAUUCAAAUGUAAAAAAUGUGACAAGGAAUACACACAAAAAUAUUAUUUAGUUAUCCACGAAAGAGUCCAUAGUGGCGUGAAACCAUACAAAUGUAAAGAAUGUAACAUACAAUUUAUACUAAAAAAUUCUUUAGUUAUCCAUGAAAGAAUCCAUAGUGGAAUAAAACCAUUCAAAUGUAUAGAAUGCAACAAGCAAUUUUCAAGAAAAGAUCAUUUAAAGAUUCACAAAAGAGUCCAUAGUGGCGUCAAAUGUAAUGAACGUAACCAGCAAUUAAGUCAAGAAGAUAGCUUAGAGACACAUAAAAUAAGUCACAUCGGAGAGAAGCCGUAUAGAUGUGAAGAAUGUAACAACCAGUUUACAUUAAGAUCUGAAUUAGAGAGACAUAAAAAAAUACACACCGAUGAACAAUCAUACGAAUGCGAAAUAUGUGAAACACUUUUUUUCGAUGAAAUAAGUUUAAUGAAACAUAUUGGAACACAUAUAUCCAGGAUACCAUAACUUUGUUGUUUCGUAAAAUGGUUUAUAAUAGCUCAGUUCAAUGUGGUUGUUUCGUCGACAGAGACGCAGGUAUACAUAAUGUUUUAUUCGGAUUCAGUCAACAGAAUUUCACUCCACUGCUAUUUACUUCACCAUAUUGCUAGCAUACAUAUACAUUUUCACAGACAAAAUAUCGUAUAGUCAACCGGGUGAAGCUAUGUAUAAUCUUAUCUGUGAACCACAUUUGUAUAUAUAACUGUUUAUAAUGUUUCAUAUCGAAUUGAAAAGUUAUGGAGUCGAAUUGAAGGAGUAAAACGCGGGGGUCUGAGCAUACUGGGGGCCGAUUUUUGAACACUCGAAAAUCGGUGGAAAACAGCGAAAUGCUACUUUUUGAAAUACGAGUGAUAGAAAUUGGGAAUCGAGUGGUAUUGACCAGCUACUAAGUGUAGAUGUAGAGAUAUUUCCACGGCGGCGGCCGGAUCACAAUGACGGACGCUUUCUUUUUAUGUUCCAAGGAUUCUUUACAAAGGCUACGAGCCUUGUCCGGCGAUGGGACUCCUUUAGUUGAUCUACACAAUGCCCAUAAAGGAACACUCUUGAAGGGCGCAGGCUCUCCGGGACAGUGUUUGUACAGCCAACCAUGAACAAGUGUUUCAUUAUGACAUGGUUCUACAUGUGGUGACCUAGGAAUCAAAUUGGCUGACUGUAGGUACAUACGCACGGUGACACACGUCAUGUCAUUUGAGGGUACUUUAUAGCAAACUUAUGUACACAGUAUAAAUUAGUAAUUAUACCCAGAGAAGCGUCAGUCAUAUUGUGGUCAUAUUACUAAUUUUGGUAUUACUGUGUUAUAGUUUUAUUUCCGAUUCGUUUUACUUUGUAAUAUAAAUAUGUUGAGUGUAUUGCAAUAAAAAAGUCAAUAAUUAUUAAGUAUAUGCACGAUUAUGAACCGUGAAGUAAAUUAGUUCACUAUCAA